AUGGCGUACAGCUACAUUUUAUUUGCAUUUCUUCUGGUGUUUUGCUUACAGCAUGUCUACUCUCAAGCCAUCUACCCCAACCCUUGCGGGCCGUCACAGGUCUCCGUGACCAAAACUUGCAUCCAGAACCCAGUGACGGUCAACCCGCCGUGCCAACAAGUGGUCGCCCCGUGCCAACAAGUCGCGCCGUGCCAGCCAGUAGUCGCGACGUGCCAGCAAGUCGUCCCACCGUGCCAGCCUGUAUGCCAGUGCCAGCCCGUGUGCCAGACUAGCUAUCCAGCGGUUAAUGUUGCCACGCCUUGUGAUUUGGGUUGUGUAGCUUCGUAUGGUAUACCGUCUACGACUAUUGUUCAGGAUGACUCCAUAGCCAAUAACCUAGCCAACGCCCUCCAACUCCUGAUCGUUAGCAACCUCCUGGGUAACACUCUACCCACUAACGAUCUGCUGCUGGGUGCGCCCUUACUUGGGCAACCAGGGUUACUGGGACAACCGGCGUUACUGGGGCAACCGGCGUUACUUGGGCAACCAGUUCUGCCCGGGUUACUGGGUUGUGGGUGCGGCUUAGGUUGCGGUUGCGGCUUAGGGUGUGGUUGUGGUUGUGGUGGUUGCUGUAUAUUUUAAG